CAUUACUGCAGAAAGGUUUCUCAUCUCGGUGGUGACCUUUGUUGCCCGUUCCUCUGGAUGAAAUAAAAGUGAAAAUUAAUAAUUUAAAUGUAUAAAUCAAAAUGGAAUUGUCUUAGCAACAUAAACCUAACGAAUGACAAUAUAAAUUUGAAGAAAAAAAAGCAUACUUAAUGUAUGCAAUUGUACAUUUGUAUUUGUGUUUGUGCUCAAAUCGUGUUAUUUUACGGAAAACGGUAUAAAAACAUUUUUUUCUCACAGACUAUUUGAAUGUACUCAAACAAAAGACCUAGGCGACAAACUCGAAAUUAUAACUGUCGGUGGAUGUAGGGAUGUACAUAUGUUUAAAGACGUGGCAGUGUCACCAGUGCAACAACACCACUUUUGUAUAUCCUCUUUGAAUGUUAUGCAGUUUUACUUGAGCUGAAAAAAACCCGAACCAUUCUUUGUUCAACAUACUAUUGAAUAAUCUCUAAAAUGGUUUACCCUGAAGAACCUUUUUGGGUUUUGCCAACGGUUACUGGAUUUUACGAAGAUAGAGACUAUAGAGUUAAUGUGGUUGAAGCCCUUCAAGAGUUUUGGCAAAUGAAGCAAUCCCGUGGAGCUGAAUUGAAAAAUGGAGCUCUUGUGAUUUACGAGUCGAUACCAGCAAAUAGCCAGCCAUACAUUUGUUUCGUUACGCUGCCUGGAGGAAGCUGUUUUGGCAGUUUUCAAAAUUGCCCAACUAAGGCGGAGGCUCGUCGCAGUUCGGCCAAGAUUGCGCUAAUGAACUCGGUUUUUAAUGAGCAUCCAUCGCGCCGAAUUAGCGACGAGUUCAUUCAAAAAGCGGUUCAGGAUGCUCGGACUUCUUUCAAAGGAAAUUCGCAGAUCAACGAGGGCACAGAGUCUGGAAUUGGAGCUUUCAGAUUCAUGCUGGAGGCAAAUAAGGGAAGAACAAUGCUGGAGUUCCAAGAACUUAUGACUGUCUUUCAACUGCUUCACUGGAAUGGAUCGCUGAAGGCAAUGCGUGAACGCCACUGCUCGAGACAGGAGGUCGUGGCCCAUUAUUCUAACCGCAGCCUGGACGACGAGAUGCGGUCACAGAUGGCAUUAGAUUGGAUUGCCAGGGAACACGACAAUCCCGGCGUAAUCCGCAGGGAGUUAGUGCUUGCCGAGAGAGAACUGGAGACCUUCCGCAUGGCUGGACGCGAAUUGCGCUUUCCGAAGGAAAAAAAGGAUAUACUCAUGAUAGCUCAUAAUCAACUGGGCGGUAGUGCCCUUAACUCGGCUACCAUUGAUGAUUGAUCAAGAAUAUGAAUAAGCAUCUUGCACGAUCAAAAUUAACCACUUUUUUUAGACAAAUCAUUUAAUUUCACUUUGAGUAGCGAUCAAUAUUUAUUUAAUUGGCAUACCAUAUGAUCUCCACGAUGAAAAACAAGCGGAAACAAAUUUUACACUUCCCAAGCACUUCCAAAUUAAAAAAAAAUUAAUUUUAAAAAUCUUUGAAUAUGUGAUUUUUAAAACAGCUGCUACAAAAAUAAGACUAAACCCAAUAAAAUAUAAAUAAUUUUUUUAAA